AUGCGCCACGACUCUGCUGAAUAUGUCAAAAGAUGUGAUCGUUGCCAACGAUACAAGCCGAUCCCUAAUCUGCCUGCCGAAGUUUACCAUCCGCAAAACAGUCCAUUCAUGCAAUGGGCCAUCGACUUAGUGGGUCCCUUGCCACCGGCGCCUGCCAAGAAAGAAAUGAUGAUCGUCGCCACCGACUACUUUACUAAAUGGAUCGAGGCCGAAGCUCUAUCCUCUACUAAAGAAGCCGAUGUGGAGUGA